CCUAAAGCAUAACAUUAGCCUUCAUCUAAAUCCUUGAGCUGAGCAUGGUGGGAAUGUGAAGUUGACUAAUUAAUUAACUUUGGCUGCAGAUGGAGGUGACAUGAACCGGAUCGGCACAGCAUGCUCCAAGGAUGACAUUGCCAUAUUUCAAGGCCAAACAGCCCCACUUCCCGAUGGAAUCCCAGGCUACACUGUUCAGAUUCUGAAUGUAUGCGCCUCUGGUUGUGGCAUUUCCAACAUUCACGUCAGUUGUGGGUGGUUCAGCUCGGCCAGGUUGAUAAAUCCUCUAGUUUUCAGGCGAAUUUAUUACGACGAUUGUCUUGUCAACGGCGGGGAGGCUCUUGGUCCUGGAGAAAGCCUCUCCUUCCAGUAUGCCAAUAGUUUCCGUUACCCUCUCUCAGUUUCAUCCGUUACCUGUCGCUGAAGCACACAAGGCUGGCCGCCAUGAUAACUAUUUUGUUUUCUAUGAUAAAUAUUGUGCUAUGUGAAUGGGAAAAGAAAAAGGAGUCGGACUCCGAUGGACCUUGGUUCUAUUUUUGUUGAUGCUGUAGUUAUCUUUCUGUCCUCUAAUUAUGUCAUUCAAGGAAAGACGACUCGAGUGAAAGGCCUUGAUUAUUACCUGAA